AUGGUUCAACGGCUGACAUACCGCACGCGCCACAGCUACGCUACCAAGUCCAACCAGCACCGUGGGAAACUUGUGUACCAGACCACCAAGAAGAGAGCUAGCGGACCCAAAUGUCCUGUUACUGGCAAAAGAAUCCAAGGGAUUCCUCACUUGAGACCUGCCGAAUACAAGAGGUCUAGGUUACCCAGGAAUAGGAGGACUGUGAACCGUGCCUAUGGUGGCGUGCUAUCUGGUGGUGCAGUCAGGGAGAGGAUCAUACGGGCCUUUUUGGUUGAAGAGCAGAAGAUUGUGAAGAAGGUUUUGAAGAUUCAGAAGACCAAGGAAAAGCAGGCAUCAAAGAGCUAAAAGAUGAGACAGAAGCUUUUUCAAUUUUACUUUGUUUCAAUUAAAUUUUGACUUGAAGAGAUGAUGAUUGUGCGCAUUAUUAUUGCGAGUUGUUUGUUUAAACGUGAAUGAGCAUUUAAUUUUUUGUUGGAAUCUUUA